CAAUACUACACAUCAUAAUCCAAGAUGGCGACAUCCUUGGAGUCCUAUGUGAAUCAUACUGUAGCUGUUAUAACACAGGACGGACGAAUGAUAGUGGGCAUCCUUAAAGGUUUUGACCAAACAGUAAAUAUUAUACUGGAUGAGAGCCAUGAAAGAGUAUUUUCCUCAGGCAGUGGAGUUGAACAAGUUCUUUUAGGACUAUACAUCAUCAGAGGAGAUAACAUAGCAUUAAUUGGAGAGAUUGACGAUGAAGUAGAUGCAGCUAUGGACUUAUCAGAUAUUCGUGCAGAUCCCCUGAACUCUGUUGUUUACUAAUGCUAGAGCCAAGCUUAACUUUGUACUGUACAUAUGCUUGUAUUCUCCAAGUUCAUAUCCACCUCCCUACUUCAGUCCUGAUAGAUCUUUUGCUCUAAUGAAAUGAAAAUUUCAUCCCACUUCAGCCCAACAAGAAGUGGAAAGCACACAAAAUAUCCUGUCCAAUACUAAUGGAGUCCUGUCAUUGUCUUUGUUACCUGUUUUUUGUUGUUGUUGCUGUUGUCAUUCUUUUGUUUGUUUGGCAACUUUAUAUUUCGAAAAGCAAAAUAUUGUUGAUACUUGUAAAAAUCCUGAAGUUAGAUUUCAUUUUCUAAACCUACAAAUUGGCCAUAGAUCACAGAAGUACAUUUUUAAUGCUUUUAGGGAAAAAAAGACUUCUUUCUUUACUAAGAUUUAGAUAUUCUAGUUCACACAUUUUUAUGUCAGAAAAAACUGAGUAUCUAUUAAGUAAUAAUAAAUCAUUAUUUAUUGUUUAUAAAA